GGGGGGCGGGGGAUGACGCGGGUCGGCACGAGGCCCAGCCGGCUGUUGGUAGCGCGGUGGGCGAUGGCCCGAGCACACGACACGGCCUCCGGUGCCCCGCGCCGCCCCGCCCUUCCCGCCGCUUGCCCGGUUGGAUUAGCAGUAGCAGCAGGAGAGGCCGAAACGCAGGCCGGAGCGGACUGAGCCCAGGCGCCGGCGCAGGCCGGCCUCGCUAGGCGGCCUUCGGCGCAGGCGCAGAGCGGCCUCGCUAGGCGGCCUUCGGCGCAGGCGCAGAGCGGCCUCGCUAGGCCGACCGCAGCCACAGGCUUCCUUUCCCAGGCGGGCCGCGGACACCUCGGGCCCGAGAUGGAGGAGGAAGAGGAGGAGCGCGGGCCGGGGCCGCCGCCGGGGUCGGGGCCCGACCACAUGCCGUCACCCGCGUGGUCGGUGCUGAACAACCUAAUGCUUCGGAUGACCCCCCAGACGCCGCCGCCGGCGUCGAGCAUGCAGCGCGGCCUCGGCUCCGCGCAGCAGCUCCCAGGCCGGGGCAGGCUCCCGCCCGAGGACCCGGCCCCACCCCCGCCCGGGAGCGAGGCGCUGCUGGAGGACUCGGCCCCUCCCAGUGCGGAGCUGGAGGGCCCGGCCCCGCAGCCCCUCGAGGACAUGCCCACGCAGUCCAAUUCCAACGUGGUGGCGUUCCUGUCGCAGUGGGCGGACGACAAUCUCUGCCUCAUCCGGAAUAUUAGUACUGGAAUGGCAGUAGCGGGAGUCAUGUUAUUUGCAAGAAGUAUUAAAUUGACAUCCAGAUUUGUAAGUCCUUCAGAUAUUCCGAUAGAAUUUAUUAAAAAUAACGUUAAAUUACGAGGACGACUACGUCGAAUAACUGAAAAGGGGCUGGAAUUGGAGCAUAUUCCCAUUUACAUCCCUCUAAUUUCAUCAUGGAGAAAGCAGCCACAUGGGGUUUUGCUGGUAAAGCUAGCUGGUGUGGAGCUCACUGAGGCUGGUCACCAAUGGUUGAAAGAAGAAUUAAAACCUUACCAAAUACUGUGGUUCCAGCUGCUGGCAACGGACAACUCAUCAAUUCUUUGCUCCCUGUUGAUAAAUAGAGGCAUGUAUUUUAAUGUGAGUCUGAACGAAGAGAUUUUGAGAAGAGGGCUCGGCAGAACUGUUCUUAUCAAAGAGCUGAAUCAUAACUCUAAGGUGUAUUGGACAAUUCACAGAAACCUACUAAAAGCAGAAUUAAAAGCCAUAAGAGGAGGAAAAGGGAUUUGGAAAGAAGAAACUGAGAAAUUGAGUUACAUAGAGAGAUUUAAAGGUUCAUGGAGAGAAAUAUGGAGAGCCGAAGAUAAUCUUUUCAAGAGAAGACCAUUCUGGGAGUUGAACCCAAAGAAAGCAUCCUAUUAUGAAACUCUGAAGAGCUGGUGUGAGAAAUAUAAAGAUAAAUUAAGUCAUUCCAGUUUUAUGUUGAAGGUCAGAGAGUUUCUGAGUCGGGUGAGACUUGGUAAAAGAUAGUGAAAUGUUGGAAGAUUUCUAGAGUCCGCAUAAUUGGAAACCACCUGGGAACCCGUGAAUUAUGUAUGUUUCUGUGGGAAGGCCCCAAAUGAUCAGAGUUUGAGACUUUACAACAAGAAAAAUUCUAAUGGGAUUUGAAUGUUUUUUUUUUAAAAGAUGACUUUUGUACAUUUUAGAUUGGAAUUUAAACAAAUUGUGGUGAGUAUGCUUUUUAUGUGCUUUUGUGGAAAUGAAAAAUACUGUGUAAUAAAUCUCCAAGUUUCAGGUUGUACAAGAAUCAUGGUGUCACUAAAAAAAAAAAAACUUACCUAAAAUUGUUUUCAGUAGCAUUAUGCAGUUGCAUUUGAGCCAGUGAUUUAAAAAUGGAAUCAGCUUUCACAAAUUUGGAAUCAUGGGAGAUGCCCACCCUCCUACACUCCAGUCCUGCCUCUCCCUUUAUAGGGAGUGAGCUACGCCGCCUUCAUGAAUUAGCAGACCGAGAAAGCAGGAGAGAGAGAUUCCAGGGCAAGUCACUUAACCUCUGAUUUCUGAAAGUCAUUUACCUCUCCAGGGAGGAAUGACCCUUUCAGUCAUAGAUGAUUGACAUUCAAGAAGGCAUUUCAGUAUCCUCCCUAGAAGGGAUGAAUGGUUGUCCCUUGCACUAAAAACAUGAACUUUAUUUAUUCAUUUAGUCAAGUACUUUGACCUUUCUACUAAAUAUGAAAUUUAAUCAUUUGUGAUUGUACCCUGUUUGUUUAUGCAAAGCAAAAUAAAUCAAGAGCUACACAUUAUGUAAUUAACAUUUUAUGGUGAACAAAAAAGUUUCCUGAAAUACUAUUAGUAAGUCUCUUGAGAAUUUUUAGAUUAAUGGAAAAUGUCUGUACUAUAUGGUUUAUAAUUCUAGCUUUCCCUUUUUUGCUGGUGGCACAAAUACAAAAAGGCUGGAGAUAAUUUAUGUGCUAAAAAAAGUUAAUAAACUGGGCAGAGGACCUCUGGAAUUCUAAUAGUCCAAAUGAAGAAUGGGAUGAACACAGUCAAAUUCUAAAAUCUUUCUUCUUUCUGCUUUCUCUGUGUUAUUCUUUUUCAUUUCCUUUCCCCUUUCUGU